UUAUUCAGAUAAUUACGUAUACAUGGCAAUUUCUUUGAUGCAGCCUUCUUUCCCGGAAACAAACACCUCUUCUCUUCUCUCCCUCGAGUUCAAUCCCACACUUUCACAACCCUACAUCCAACACUCACAAAUGAAAUCCCUCUUCAAGUCCAAACCCAAAUCUCCCGCUGAGAUCGUCAGGCAAACUCGGACCCUUCUCCUUUCCCUCAAUGGCAGCGGUGAGCAUCGCGGCUCCAAGCGGGAAGAGAAGACGGAUGAAUUAAAUAAACACAUUCGAGAGCUAAAGCUAAUUCUUUACGGUAGUAGUGAUUCUGAGCCUGUUGCUGAGGCUUGUGCACAAUUGACACAGGAGUUUUUCAAAGAGAACACCCUGCAUCUUCUCAUUGUCUCUCUUCCAAAGCUAGGUUUGGAGGCACGUAGAGAUGCCACCCAAGUGGUUGCAAAUUUGCAGAGGCAACAGGUUCAUUCUCGGAUUAUUGCGUCUGCUUACAUGGAAGCUAACUUGAAUCUUAUUGAUAUUUUGAUAUCAGGGUAUGAAGACCCAGACCUUGCUCUGCAUUAUGGUGGUAUGUUGAGGGAGUGCAUACGUCACCAGAGCAUCGCGAGGUAUGUCUUGGAAUCAGAGCACAUAAAGAAGUUUUUUAACUAUAUACAGCUUCCAAAUUUUGAUAUUGCAGCAGAUGCUAUGGCAACUUUCAAGGAGCUUUUGACCAGGCACAAAUCCACUGUUGCUGGAUUCCUUUCAAAAAAUUAUGACUGGUUCUUUCAGGAUUUUAAUUCAAAGCUGCUGGAAUCUGACAGUUAUAUCACCAAACGACAAGCUGUUAAGCUAUUGAGUCAAAUUUUACUUGAUCGUUCAAAUUCUGUGGUCAUGGUACGAUAUGUGAACUCCAAAGAUAACUUGCGGAUUCUAAUGAAUCUUCUAAGGGAAUCAAGCAAGAACAUCCAGACAGAUGCAUUUCAUGUCUUCAAGCUAUUUGCUGCCAAUCAAAAUAAACCUCCUGAAAUUGUUUCUAUACUCAUUGCAAAUAGAAGCAAGCUUCUGCGAUUCUUGGCUGACUUUAAGAUGGAUAGAGAAGAUGAGCAAUUUGAGGAAGAUAAGGCUCAGGUGGUCAAAGAAAUUGCUGAAUUAGAACAAGCAGGCAGUACGUGAAUGGCCAUGGAGAAAUGCAAAACCUAUAUUAGUUAGUUGCAUUUAAGUAUCUGGCAGCUGAGGUAAGCAGAUGGCAUAGCGGGGCAGGGCGUCAGUUAGAGAUAACAGGUUCAAAAGAAACUGCUCCUUGUACAAAACUCUUUCCUGAAACAAACGAGGGUGAAUGUUUUGCUAGAAUUUUUGUAAUUUUAUCUCUCAUGAUACAGAAGAUUAAUGAUUAUUACUCAAAUGGGAGUUCGAAAUCAACAAUGCA